GCAUGGAAAUGACGAAGCAAAUUUCCCGAAGGAAACAAGGUGGCAUGAUCACUAUGCCCUUCAUCUUUGCAAAUGAAAUAUGUGAGAAACUGGCUGUGGUCGGAUUUGGUACAAACAUGUUAAGCUACUUAACAAGCGAGUUGCAUCUCCCGCUCACUCAGGCGGCCAACACCCUCACCAACUUCGGCGGCACCUCCGCCAUGACGCCGCUCCUUGGCGCUUUUAUCGCCGACUCUUUCGCCGGAAGAUUCUGGACCAUCACAUUCGCUUCAAUCAUAUACCAAAUCGGGAUGAUAAGCUUAACAGUGUCAGCAGUUGUGCCGAAGCUAAGGCCACCCCCUUGCAAAGACGGCCAAGUCUGCCAAGAAGCGAGCUCUGGGCAGCUGGGCGUGCUCUACGCCUCGCUCCUACUGACGGCGCUGGGGUCCGGUGGGAUAAGGCCGUGCGUGGUGUCGUUUGGGGCCGAUCAGUUCGAUGAGAACGAGCCGGAGCAGAAGACGAGCACGUGGAAGUUCUUCAACUGGUACUACUUCUGCAUGGGUGCAUCCAUCCUCGUGGCCAACACCGUCAUCGUCUACAUCCAAGACAACAUCGGGUGGGGCUGGGGCCUCGGAAUCCCCACUGCCGCCAUGUUUCUCUCUGUUGUGGCGUUUGUUGCCGGAUACCCUUUGUACCGGAAACUCGACCCCGCUGGCAGCCCCUUCACGCGCCUAAUGCAAGUCGCGGUCGCUGCCUUCCGAAAGAGGCACGUGCCUGUUUCGGAAGGCACGAUGUUGUACGAGAAUAGGGAGCUAGAUGUUCCUAUAUCAAUUGGUGGGAAGCUACUCCAUACCCAAAGCAUGAAGUUUUUGGACAAGGCUGCCGUGGCAACUGAAGAAGACAACCUGAAAGCCCCGAACACAUGGCGGCUGAGCACGGUCCACCGCGUGGAGGAGCUGAAAUCGCUGAUCCGAAUGGGGCCAAUAUGGGCCGCGGGAAUCCUCCUAAUCACAGCGUCUGCCCAGCAAAACACCUUCUCCCUCCAGCAGGCCAAGUCCAUGGACCGCCACAUCACCAAAACCUUCCAAAUCCCGGCCGCAUCAAUGAGCGUCUUCACACAGCUCUCCAUGCUCUCCACCAUCAUCUUCUACGACCGCCUGUUCGUCCCCACCACGCGCCGCCUCACUGGCCUCGACCGCGGCGUAUCCUUCCUGACCCGCAUGGCCGUCGGCUUCCUCAUCUCCCUCCUAGCCACGUUCGCCGCCGGAUUCAUCGAGAUCCGCCGCAAGCAGGCCGCCGCAGCCGCCGGACUGAUGGACAGCCCCCACGAGGUGAUCCCGAUCUCAGCCCUGUGGCUGAUGCCGCAGUAUUGCCUCCAUGGGAUCGCGGAGGCGUUCAUGUCGAUCGGGCAUCUGGAGUUCUUCUACGACCAGGCGCCGGAGAGCAUGAGGAGCACCGCGACGGCGCUGUUCUGGCUGUCGAUCUCGGCCGGGAGCUACACGAGCACGCUGCUGGUGACGGUGGUGCACAGGGUGAGCGAUUGGCUGCCGGAUAGGAAUCUGAAUAGGGGGAAAUUGGAGUAUUUCUAUUGGUUGAUCACGUUGUUGCAGCUGGUUAACUUGGUUUAUUACUUGAUUUGCGCCAAAUAUUACACGCUUAAGCCGGUGAAGGUUGGCGAUGAUGAUGCGAAGGCUGAGGAAGAUUGCUUUGAGCUGACGGGGCGUGUUUAGGAGAUUGAUUUCAGGCUUAAGUAUGUUUAGUUUUUAAUAAUACUACUCCAUAUGCACGGAUGCACCCCUUUCUUAUAUCUAACCGGUGGAAAUUUUAUCUCUCUUUGAGGAUCAACAACACUACUUCCCAACGACAACCACCAUAUUGAUGAUGAUGAUGAUGAUGAUGGUGAUGAUCAAAAUCAAAAUCAAAUUUUUUUUUUC